AUGGUGAAGUUUACAGCUGAUGAGUUACGUCGCAUUAUGGACUACAAGCACAACAUUAGGAAUAUGUCUGUCAUUGCUCAUGUUGAUCACGGAAAAUCAACUUUGACAGAUUCCCUUGUUGCUGCUGCUGGAAUUAUAGCACAAGAGGUUGCUGGAGAUGUCAGGAUGACAGACACCCGUGCAGAUGAAGCUGAACGUGGUAUUACUAUUAAGUCCACUGGUAUCUCUCUAUACUAUGAGAUGACUGAUGCUUCUCUGAAGAGUUUUAAGGGGGAGCGCAACGGGAAUGAGUAUCUCAUUAAUCUCAUUGAUUCUCCUGGGCAUGUUGACUUCUCAUCUGAGGUUACUGCUGCACUUCGAAUUACUGAUGGAGCAUUAGUGGUGGUGGAUUGUGUUGAGGGAGUUUGUGUACAAACUGAAACUGUGCUGCGACAGGCUCUUGGAGAAAGGAUUAGGCCUGUUCUUACUGUUAAUAAGAUGGACAGGUGCUUUCUUGAGCUCCAAGUUGAUGGAGAGGAGGCAUAUCAGACCUUUUCAAGGGUUAUUGAGAAUGCCAAUGUCAUUAUGGCUACCUAUGAAGAUCCACUUCUUGGUGAUGUUCAGGUGUAUCCUGAGAAAGGAACUGUUGCUUUCUCUGCUGGUCUGCAUGGCUGGGCUUUUACUUUGACCAACUUUGCUAAGAUGUAUGCCUCCAAAUUUGGUGUUGAUGAAUCCAAAAUGAUGGAAAGACUCUGGGGUGAAAAUUUCUUUGAUCCUGCUACUAAGAAAUGGACCACCAAGAAUACUGGUUCAGCCACUUGCAAGCGUGGGUUUGUUCAGUUCUGUUAUGAGCCUAUCAAGCAAAUUAUUAACACAUGUAUGAAUGAUCAGAAGGAUAAGUUGUGGCCUAUGCUGACCAAGCUAGGGGUCACCAUGAAGUCUGAGGAGAAGGACCUUAUGGGUAAGCCAUUGAUGAAGCGUGUCAUGCAGACCUGGCUCCCAGCAAGCACUGCACUGCUUGAAAUGAUGAUCUUUCAUCUUCCCUCUCCACAUACAGCUCAGAGGUAUCGUGUUGAGAAUUUGUACGAGGGUCCUCUUGAUGAUCAAUAUGCUACUGCUAUCAGAAAUUGUGAUCCUGAUGGACCUCUGAUGCUUUAUGUGUCAAAGAUGAUUCCAGCAUCUGAUAAAGGAAGGUUUUUUGCUUUUGGCCGUGUCUUUGCUGGUAAAGUUUCAACAGGUUUGAAGGUCAGAAUCAUGGGACCAAAUUUUGUACCUGGGGAGAAGAAAGAUUUGUAUGUUAAAAGUGUUCAGAGAACUGUCAUUUGGAUGGGAAAGAGGCAGGAGACUGUCGAGGAUGUGCCUUGUGGUAACACAGUUGCCUUGGUUGGUUUGGAUCAAUUUAUCACCAAGAAUGCAACAUUGACUAAUGAGAAGGAAGUCGAUGCACACCCUAUUCGUGCUAUGAAGUUUUCUGUCUCACCUGUUGUGCGUGUUGCUGUUCAGUGUAAGGUUGCUUCAGAUCUUCCUAAGCUUGUUGAAGGUCUGAAACGUCUUGCUAAGUCAGAUCCUAUGGUUGUUUGUACCAUUGAGGAGUCUGGAGAACAUAUUGUUGCUGGUGCAGGAGAGCUUCAUCUAGAGAUCUGUUUGAAAGACUUGCAGGAUGAUUUCAUGGGUGGAGCUGAAAUCAUCAAAUCCGACCCUGUUGUGUCCUUCAGAGAGACUGUUCUUGAGAGGUCAUGCCGCACAGUGAUGAGUAAGUCUCCCAACAAGCACAACCGUUUGUACAUGGAAGCAAGACCACUGGAGGAUGGGCUUGCAGAGGCCAUUGAUGAUGGCAGGAUUGGACCAAGGGAUGACCCCAAGAUUCGUUCUAAAAUCUUGUCUGAAGAGUAUGGAUGGGAUAAGGAUCUUGCUAAGAAAAUCUGGUGUUUUGGACCUGAGACCACUGGACCCAACAUGGUGGUUGAUAUGUGUAAGGGAGUUCAGUACUUGAAUGAAAUCAAGGAUUCUGUAGUUGCAGGUUUCCAAUGGGCAUCCAAAGAAGGCGCUUUGUCAGAAGAAAACAUGAGAGGCAUCUGCUUUGAAGUGUGUGAUGUUGUGUUGCACACUGAUGCUAUCCACAGAGGUGGUGGUCAGGUCAUUCCUACUGCUAGGAGAGUGAUAUAUGCGUCACAGCUGACAGCCAAACCCAGGCUUCUUGAGCCUGUUUACAUGGUUGAAAUCCAAGCUCCUGAGCAAGCUCUUGGUGGUAUCUACAGUGUUCUUAACCAGAAACGUGGACAUGUGUUUGAAGAAAUGCAGAGACCUGGUACUCCUCUUUACAACAUCAAAGCAUACCUUCCUGUUAUUGAGUCUUUUGGAUUCUCCAGCCAGUUGAGGGCUGCAACAUCUGGUCAGGCUUUCCCCCAGUGUGUGUUUGAUCACUGGGACAUGAUGGGCUCAGAUCCAUUGGAGGCUGGUUCACAAGCUGCAACACUUGUUACUGAUAUUCGUAAGAGGAAGGGUUUGAAGGAGCAAAUGACACCACUCUCUGAUUUUGAAGACAAGAUUUAA